AAUCCUCUACCGCAAGUACGGCAGAAUGAUAAGAAUCCAAUAGCUGAAAAGGCAUUGGAACAUGUACCGAUAUCAUCUCGAUCAUUCAACGUUCGUCGCACGACCGCACCUAUUGUAGAGGAUCACAGCCCGAAAAGAGAGAGAGAGAUAUGGAUGAGUAUAUGAGGCAGUCAGGGAAUGGAGGACUCGCAUAGGUCACGAUCACAUGGGCACUGGGGUCAUUGCCUCAUUGGGUAAAGCCAAAUCCCAGUCCAUGUCCCCAUGCCCCCUUCUCCCUUCACGUGAAGACGACCAUCGGUUUUCGCUCCACAACGGGCCCCACUCUUCCUAUUUACAGUGGACGCCACGGCUCAUUUCAUUUUCCUUCUUUUGGGAUUUCCACGGUUUCCCCAUCUCUCUCUCUCUCUCUCUCUCUCAUAUCAGGUAGUCAUCAGAUUGUCAUUACUCAUUCACUGCUGCAACUAUCCAAAUCUCCUCUUGAUCUUAUCUUGUCUAGGAUUUUAUGGGAAACCCCCGAACAGCUAGUGAGAGAAAUUAGAGAGAGAGAGAGUCUGCGGAGCUCGGGAUCUGGAGAAAUCAGGGAAAGAAUGGCAGGAAUUCAUGAUCUUCCUGAUGUGAUACUAUCGAACGUGUUCGCCAUGGUUGAGGACACCAGAAGCCGCAAUUCCAUGUCUCUAGUUUCUCACAGAUGGAGGAUUUUGGAGCGCCAGACCCGAACCUCCCUUACCCUCCGAGGCAACGUGCGCGAACCCAUCUUGAUCCCAGAUUGCUUCUGGGCGGUCACCAAUCUGGACCUAUCUCUCAUCUCUCCUUGGGGUCAUUCCCUCUUCGAUUCCUCCCUUUUCCCAGAACUCCUCGCCCAAAAGCUGUCCCUUUCCUUUCCCUCUGUCACCUCUCUAACCGUCUAUGCCCGCACCCAUCACACACUCCGCAUCCUCGCCCCUCGCUGGCCAAACCUCCGCCAUGUCAAGCUCGUUCGAUGGCACCAGCGCAGCCAGUCCCCUCACGGGACUGACUUUUUCCCUUUGUUCGAUGCCUGUCCUUCUCUCUCUUCCCUUGAUCUCUCCCACUUCUACUGCUGGAUCGAAGAUAUCCCUGCCGCCCUCCAAGCAUACCCAUCUGUUGCCAGUUCCCUCACCAGGCUCAACCUUCUAAUCCUAUCAUUCACCGAGGGAUUCAAGUCUCAGGAGCUUCUCACCAUCUCCAACGCCUGCCCCAAUCUCACCCACUUCUUGGCCCCCUGCGUCUUCCACCCAAGGUACAAUGACUUCGUCGGAGACGAGGCGCUGCUCACCCUAGCCACCAAUUGCCCCCUCCUGAACGUCCUCCACCUUGCCGACCACUCCACUCUCGCCAAUACCAGAGCCAAUCCGGACGCCGAUGGAUUCACCCAAGAAGAUGCGAGGAUUAGCCGUCUUGCGCUUGAGGAUUUGGUAUCUUGCCUUCCCCGGAUCCAGGAACUCACCCUCGAUGUCUGCUUCAAUGUCAGGGACGCCGGGCCGGCUUUGGAAUUGCUGGGUUCCAAAUGCCCCAGGCUUAUAUCACUGAAGGUGGGUCAAUUCCAUGGGAUCUGCAAAGCCAUAGAGAGCCAGCUCGACGGCAUUGCGCUUUGCGGAAAUGGUCUUGAAGCCUUGUCCAUCAAGAACUCUGCCGAUCUUACCGAUGCCAGCUUGAUCGCCAUCUCCAGGGGUUGUCCGAGGCUGUCCAAGUUUGAGCUUCAAGGAUGUAAGAACAUCACGGAGACAGGGAUGAAGAGAUUUGUUGGCAUGUUACGCCAAACCUUAGUGGAUGUGAAGAUUUCUUGCUGCAAGCAGCUUGAUGCGGCUAGUUCGCUGCGAGCCCUGGAGCCAAUCCGGGAUCGAAUCCAGCGUCUGCACAUUGAUUGUGUGUGGGACAGCAGCCUCCAACAGUGCUCGGGGUUGGGGACCUCCUCUGUGCCGACUCCCAACGAACUCGAAUUUGACCUGAAUGAGUUGGGUGAUGAGGAACCCAUCACGUCAAAUCUUCCUGCAAGCUUCGUGAGUUUCCUACCACUUGCAGAAGAGUGUGCUAGUUCCAGUUCCAGUUGCAUUUCUAACAUUGAAGAAACAAGCAACAAGAAGAAGAAAUGCAGGUACUCCACAGACGCAGACUGCUACGGUUUCCUGACCAAUGGUAAUGGGUUCUGGUGCAAAUCUUGGGAGAAGCUGCGUUACCUAUCCCUCUGGAUUGAAGUUGGUGAACUUCUUGAACCAUUAGCCACGGCUGGGCUGGAGAGUUGUCCAGUUCUGGAGGAGAUAAGGAUCAGGGUUGAAGGUGAUUGUCGAAUGAAGUCCAAACCAGCGCCAGCAUUCGGGCUUAUCGCCCUUGCACGCUAUCCAGAACUGGUGAAGAUGCAGCUCGACUGUGGAGACGCAAUAGGCUACGCACUAACUGCUCCGAGUGGACAAAUGGACCUGAGCCUGUGGGAGAGGUUUUACCUUCAGGGGAUUGGGAGCUUGAACCUCAAUGAGCUUGAUUACUGGCCCCCACAAGACAGAGAUGUUAACCAGAGAGGGCUCUCUCUUCCUGCUGUUGGGUUGCUUGCGCAGUGUGUCACCUUGAGGAAGCUCUUCAUCCAUGGCACAACCCAUGAGCACUUUAUGGGGUUUCUUGUUAACAUGCCAAAUCUCAGAGAUGUUCAACUCAGAGAGGAUUAUUACCCAGCCCCAGAAAACGAUACUAGUACGGAGAUGCGUGUGGAUUCUUGCAGUCGCUUUGAAGCUGCUAUGAGUAGACGUUUUGUUCCUGACUAGAGUUCUAAAUUUUAAUACCCAACUGAUGAUGAUUCUCACAAUACUGGAUGCUCACAAAUUUUCUACUUUACAUACAACCUACUAGAUAAACUCACUCAUCAAUGGCCAUUCUGCUCCUAACUCUUCCUCUCUUCUCUUCUUUAGUUGGACCUCUUCUUACUCCUGAACUGGAAUGGGAAGCAUCUAGCCUCCCUGAAUGGAAAAUCCUCCGACAGCUUGAGCACUGUAAACUCUAUCGCUUCUUGGUUAGCUAGCAAUUUCAAGCUUGACCCUUAUUAGAUUGGCAACCUCGAAGCAAAGCCACCAAGGAAACCCUGAAAACAUUUUAGUUUGGAAUGAAAAUUUUUGAGUUAUUUUCAAGGUGUAA